AUGGACAACGAACAUAGCAUACCCACGACCGCAACCUCACAUCCUCACGACCCAAUUCCUUCCGAACCGCGACACGUUCCUGAGCUCACGCUGAAGCCGUCGAGCCCGCACCAACACGCCGAGCACACGUCGCCACAAUCGCUCGGCGAGUCGAUGAUAUGGAGCAACACCAGCAGCGACGACUCCGAGGCGCCAUUGACGCCCAACACUGAGCCGGAGCGCCAGAUGGACGAGAUCGUCGACAAGUUGCAGGAGCUGCCGACUUCGACCGUCAAUUUCAACGAGCAACAGCGUCCUCGACGCGCCUCUACCACCCUCAUCUCUGAGAACCCCUCCGACAUUCGAAGAAUACUAGGCGAUGGCGAGACGGCCACCCAGCUCAUCAGCCAAUGCUGCGGAGGCGGCUGCUGUUUGCUCAAGACAUUGGCCCCUGACACCGCGUCACCCAACUUCCUGCCCGUUGUCAUACCGGAUAACAAGGCCUUCAGAAGCUUGAACCUGCGAUUGGGACCCCUCGCUCUUGAUAGCGAGCUCACAGAUACGACGCCGCUGCCUCCGGUCAACAUGUCCUUCGAAAAAUUACCCUCGACCGAGGCACACCAUGUCACCAAGGUUCAUAAGGAACCUCCCAAAUACAUGAAGCCGCACCCGCCCUACGAUGUAUACUCCGCGCCUUUGUACCACGCCCGCGAAUUGACGAAGCCUGGUGCUGAGAAGAGAACCUUCCACUUCGACAUCGACGUAACCGACUAUCCGGACGAGGGUGGUGUCGAGUUCAAGGUCGGAGGAGCGAUUGGCGUCUGUCCGCCGAACUCGCAGGAGAUAGUGGACGAAUUAUUCGACGUGCUCUGCAUUCCAAAGUUUGUCCGCGAUAAGCCGGCCAUCCUCAAGACAUUCACCGGUCGUUGGCCUACCAUUUGGGGAGAUGACCAGGCUCGCGAGCUGGUCACCACGCGUCGAGAGCUACUUACCUGGUGCACAGACUUGCAGUCAUUCCCACCUACCAAGAACUUGCUCCGCCUUAUGGCCGAAUACUCUGAUGCGCCAAAUGAGAAGAAGAUUCUCAUGUAUCUGACCUCGGCCCAAGGGCAGGCUGCCUUCUGUGAUCUCCGCACGACAUCUCAUAUCACCGUACCUCAGCUUCUAAGCGCCUUUCCGUCUGCGAAACCACCCCUCCCCGCUCUGCUCUCAAACCUGAAUCAACUCAUGCCGCGUUUCUACUCGCUCUCGAACGACCCCCACAUCUCAGCCGCUCGUCCUGGCCUACCGGGAAACCGCCGCCUCAUCGAAAUCGCUGUCACUGUUCAUGAAUCUCCCGACUGGCAUACUGAGAAUGGUACCCGUACGGGUGUAGGCAGUGGCUUCAUGGAACGCCUAGCCCUUCAGUUCAUCAAGGCGGAGAACGAGGGAAUCGAUCCGAGCAUCCUUGAUCUCCGCGUACCCAUGUUCCGUGGACUCAUGUCCAACCCGCUCUCGCGUCAGUUCGGUGGAGAUGGUCCAAUGGUGCUCAUUGGUGCUGGUGUGGGCAUGGCACCUUUCCGAGGCUUCAUCCUUAACAGGUUAAAGAACGCCAACUGCGCAAACAAGAUCUGGUUGAUCCAGGGUGUUCGCGACUCUAUGGUGGACGAGCUCUACUCUGGUGAACUGGGAGAUCAUGAGCGCGAGAUUAAGAAGGUCGUCCAAAGUCGUAAGGUCAAGGUCGGCGCAAGCGACGCCAAGUACGUUCAGGACGAGGUGCGCACGCAGGCCGACAUUGUCUGGUUUGUGAUUAACGCCCUUGACGGUCGUAUCUUCGUCUGCGGAAGCAGCAAGGGUAUGGGCGAGGGUGUCGAGAAGGCACUCAUGGAUGUGGCCAUGCAGAAGGGUGGUAUUAGCGAAGCCGAAGCUCAUGAGUUUUGGACCAAGAAGAAGGAAGACGGUCAAUAUAUCGCUGUAAGUCUUCCUGAUGUCUGGCUCGUGGACCCAUACUGA